AUGGUUCAGACACCAAACCCUCCUAUUCAUCUUCAUCAAGCAUUGGUAUUAAAAUCAGCAAUACUUUCAAGGCUCAUAGUGUUAACCCUAAUCAUCAUCUCGCGCGCUCUAGUUUCCCCAUACGACACCUCUGCACCGUUAAACUCUCCUUGCCUCACCACACCCACACCCACAAACAACACUCACCAAUCUCGCAUAGCUUCGGCAAUCGAAAACGGCAUCGUUUGGGACUCCGUCUACUUUGUUCGCAGCGCUCAGUGUGGCUACGAGUAUGAACAGUCCUACGCCUUCUUACCCUUCCUUCCCUUUUCCAUUUCCUUCUUCACUCGCACCCUUUUUGCUCCCUUCGUCACCAUCAUUGGCCAUAGACCCGUUCUCGCUUUUUCUGCUUACGUAAUCAACAAUUUCGCUUUCGUACUCGCAGCUCUAUACUUCUAUAAACUUUCCAUAACUAUCUUGAAGGACCCUCUAAUUUCAUUACGGGCUACCAUUUUGUUCUGCUUUAAUCCCGCAUCUAUAUUCUAUUCAUCAAUAUACUCAGAGAGUUUGUAUGCUCUUCUAUCAUUUGGAGGAUUGUAUUACUUCGUAACUGGUGGAAAUAAUUUAGCUGUUAUUUUUCUUGCUCUCUCUGGUGUUGCAAGGUCUAAUGGGGUGCUUAAUGCUGGCUAUAUCUGUUUUCAGACUAUGCAUCGGGCUUAUGAUGCUAUGUUUCAGAAAAAGCAUGUUACUCUGGCAUUGCAGAUUGUUAUUGUUGGAGCUUUACGAAGUGCAUGUAUUUUUGCUCCAUUUGUAGCUUUCCAGGCCUAUGGCUAUUACAAUAUGUGUGUUGGACGUUUUCCUGAUGAAAUAAGGCCUUGGUGCAAGGCAAGGAUACCGUUACUUUACAAUUAUAUUCAAAGUCAUUAUUGGGGUGUAGGUUUCUUGAGGUAUUUUCAGCUGAAACAGUUGCCUAACUUUCUUCUUGCAUCCCCAAUACUGUCUCUGGCACUUUGUGCAGUUGUCCAUUAUGCUAAGUCAAGGCCUCUGAACUUUUUCUCCUUGGGCUUUCAAACUACUACUGAAGAAAAGAGCUGUGGAGUUAUGUUUUUGUCAGAUGAUCUCUCAAGGUCCAAAGUAGCUAGCAAUGUGGAGAAAUCCUCUGUUAGGGUAGAAGAAUAUUUCAAUCUUAGGAGGAGAAAGAAUGUAAUCAAAGGGGACGCUGUUAAUGUUCCCAUAGAAUCUGAACCAACAGCCAGGCCAGGAUACUUGUCUGCUUCUGUUCUUCCCUUUGUGUUACACUUGGGAUUCAUGGCUGGCACUGCUUUUCUUGUCAUGCAUGUACAGGUGGCCACUCGUUUCUUGUCUUCAAGCCCUCCUCUUUAUUGGUUUGCUUCAUAUAUAAUGACAUAUCCUGCAAAAUGCCGUAGAUGGGGAUACAUGAUAUGGGCAUACUCUGCAGCAUAUAUUUUUCUUGGCAGUUUGCUAUUUUCAAACUUCUAUCCUUUUACUUGAUAAGAAGAUAGAAUAUAUGGUUCCCCUUCAAGGCUGUAGGUCUUUUAAUUUCAUGGAAGGCACAUAGGCAUAGCUACCAUAAAGUGUUGCUGUUGAAUUUCAGAUGUCUGUUGGUUCCUUUGCCCAUUUGGUGGUUGCUGUUUGUUCUUACAUGCUUGUGAUUUACUAGUAGCAUGGAAAUUCCCCCCUCCCACUCUCAAAUGCCCCCAAUGUUUAAUGUUUCUUUAGGUCAGCGUGUGUAAUUAAUUAGGAUUUAAUAUUUCUCCCUUCACAAUAAAAUUCCUAACCUAAGAUGAUGUCAUUUUGGAGUUUGGGGGAAAAAUACAAUGUAUUUUGAAAAAUUUCAUGUU